AGGACUCUUCCAUAACAAAAGAGAAGAAAAAAUGGAUGAAAAAUUUCUACCUUCAUUUAUUAAUGAACUGUUUUUGUUUGUGAAAUAGUGCAGAGCAAGGUUUUAAAUAUUGGUCAUCAUCACGUUGCAGUUUCGUUGCGAUUGUUGAUAUCGCGGCAAAUUAGGACAAAUGUGGCCGAGGUCCCAGUUGUGAUCAUGGACAGUUAAAAAAAAAUCUUGAUGUUGCAACCGCAGACCGUUCUUGGUGCAGAGUGUGAGUUUUGGCACUUUCAUUUUGCUUUCUCGACCCGUGCCACCUGUUUGUCUUGGUGUGUGAAGAGAAAAAGGUGACACCUGGAAAAAAACGGUUUCUCUGUGGGUCAGCAAGUUUUGGAGAUUUGCUAUUGAUGAGUUUCUGAAUGUAUGGCAGAAGAAAUUUUGAUUUCAUUCAAUUGGGUCCACUGUGCAAGUUCUCAAGAGAAUCUGCUUGUGGAUGUGAAGGAGAACCAAACUUCAGUUCUGAACAAGAUUGUAAUCUAGAGCACGUUCUAAUAUAACAAAACCUCCCUUGUCUUAUAAUGGGAAAUAGGCUCUAUCUUUCAGUGUUUCUGGUUUUUGUAACAGUUUUACUUUCAAUCUUUCAUACAGAGCAACUGCAAUCCUCUGACUCUAAAACCCUUCUAAGAAUUCAACAGCAAUUGAACUUUCCACCAGUUUUAAGCAGCUGGAACAAAAACACAGACUUUUGCAGCACAGAUUCAACAUCUUCUCUUACUGUUGUGUGCUAUGAAGGCACCAUAACUCAGCUGCACAUAGUUGGUGAAACAAGAGCUCUACUCCUCCCUAGAAAUUUCUCAAUAGAUUCCUUUGUCAGAACACUGGUUAGGCUUCCAAGUUUGAAAGUCCUCACUUUGGUUUCUCUUGGCAUAUGGGGUCCAUUGCCGGGUAAGAUUGCUCAUCUGUCAUCACUCGAAAUAGUCAAUGUGAGUUCAAAUUUUCUGUAUGGUUCCAUCCCUUUACAGUUCUCAUUACUGUCACAUCUCCAAACACUCAUUCUAGAUGACAACAUGUUUUCUGGCCACCUUCCUGAAUGGCUGGAUUCCUUUCCAGCCCUGACUGUGCUGAGUUUGAAAAACAACUUGUUCAACAGCUCCCUCCCAGAUUCGCUAAAUAGCUUGGAGAAUCUGAGGAUUCUUUCACUUUCUCAUAACCAUUUUUAUGGACCGGUGCCUGAUUUGGGCCGUUUGGCAAAUCUUCAAGUGCUGGAAUUGGAUGAUAAUGCUUUUGGACCUCGGUUUCCACAGCUUGGUGACAAAUUGGUUACUAUAGUACUAAGAAACAAUAAGUUCAGGUCUAGUAUCCCUGAUGAAGUGAGUUCAUAUUAUCAACUUGAGAAACUUGACAUCUCAGCAAACACAUUUGUUGGCCCAUUCCAGCUAGCACUGUUAUCACUUCCUUCUAUUACUUAUGUGAACAUUUCUGGAAACAAAUUAACAGGAAUGCUUUUUGAGAAUCUGUCCUGCAAUCCUGGACUUGAAGCAGUGGAUUUAUCCUCAAAUCUUUUGACUGGGAGCUUACCAAAAUGUUUAAUGUCAAAUUCCAAUGACAGGACUGUCUUGUAUGCUAGAAAUUGUCUAGAGACAAAUCAAAAUCAGCAUGCACUGCCCUUUUGCCACACUGAAGCCAUAGCUGUGGGAAUUGUGCCUGAGGGAAAGAAGCACAAACGAGUAUCUAAGGAAGUUCUCUCCAUUGGGAUAGUAUGUGGAACUUUUGGAGGAGUAGCAAUUGUUGCACUGCUUUUCUUUAUUAUCAGAAGAGAAAGUGUCAAAAGCAAAAUCAAGAAUCCUCCAACAAAAUUAAUAUCAGAGAAUGCAGCUUCUGGAUACACCUCUAAGUUAAUCUCUGAUGCAAGGUAUAUAUCUCAAACAAUGAAGUUCGGAACAGUUGGUCUGCCUCCUUAUCGAGUUUUCUCACUAGAAGAGAUUGUAGCAGCUACAAACAACUUUGACUCAGCUUCUUUUAUGGGUGAAGGUUCUCAGGGAAAGAUGCACAGAGGUCAACUAAAGGAUGGUUUACUUGUUGCCAUUAGAAGUGUAAAAAUGAACAGAAGCUACAGCACUCAAGAUUUCAUGCAUAACAUAGAGCAGAUAUCGAAGUACAGGCAUCGUCAUUUAGUCAGUGUUCUUGGACACUGCUUUGAAUGUUAUUUGGAUGAUUCAAGUGUCAGCAGCAUAUUUGUUGUCUUUGAGUAUGUACCAAAUGGCACUCUCAAGAGCUGGAUCUCAGAUGGACACUAUAGAAAAUCCCUGACAUGGAUGCAACGCAUAGAAGCUACAAUUGGAGUAGCAAAGGGCAUCCAAUUUUUGCAUACAGGGAUUGUCCCUGGUGUAUAUUCAAACAAUCUCAAAAUAACAGAUGUUUUACUUGACCAAAAUUUUGUUGCGAAAAUCAGCAGUUAUGACCUGCCUCUGUUAUCUUACACGAGAAAGGUUGGGCAAGUUAAUCCUUCAAGUGGAUGCAGAAGUCCUAGCAUUAAGAAAAGAGUAAAACAUGAAGACAAGUCUGAUGUAUAUGAUUUUGGAGUAAUACUGCUGGAGCUCAUUCUAGGAAGGACAAUAAAGUCAAGGAAUGUGGACACUUUAAAGGAUCUGUUGCAAGCAAGCAUAACAACUAAUGGUGAAGCUAGGAGGAGCAUUAUAGAUCCAGCAGUUCGCAAGGCGUGCUUGGAUCAAUCAUUGAAGACAAUGAUGGAGAUUUGUGUGAGAUGCCUAGUCAAAGAGCAAGCAGAGAGGCCAUCCAUAGAGGAUGUUUUGUGGAAUUUGCAGUUUGCAGCUCAAGUCCAAGAUGCAUGGAGAGGGGACUCUCAAAGUAGUAGUAGUAGUGACGGUUCUCCCAUCUCACCUUUAGCAUCUCGACCAUUGAACUUCCAUUAGUGUCAAUACAAGGGUUUUCACUUUUUGGUUUUGAUAUAUAUGCCUGUAAGGCUAAUGUUCAGUUGUUUACAUAAUGUGAGUUUUUUUUUUAUCCGUGAAUUGAACACGGUAUCAAGACACUCACACACCCUAUUUAACUAAGUGAACUAGACUCCCUUGGUUACAAAAUGUGAGUUUCCAAUUUACAGCAUCAUAAUAGUAUAAGACUAUAAGUUCUUGU